AUGGCCCUGCCGCCCUACCUGCGGCUCCGGCGCAAUACCUGCGGUCCCGGCCUCGUCCCCUACCGCCCGAACCGCCUACGCAACCGAGCCGCCCGCGCCGCUAAGCAGCCCGAGCCACCAGAGCCGCCCGAGCCGCCCAAGCCACCCGAGCCACCCGAGUCGCCCAAGCCGCCCAAGCCACCCGAGCCGCCCGAGCCACCCGAGCCGCCCGAGCCACCCGAACCGCCCGAGCCGCCCGAGUCGCCUGAGCAGCUGAGGAGCCAAGCCGCGGUUGCCACCGAGCCGCAGUUGCUGCCGAGCCACCCGAGCUGCCUGAACCGCCCUGUCUGUGUUGUCACUUUUGACGCUGAGGGUCGGGCCAUUGACUUCGACGUCUGGGUAGAUGACCUGCAGCUUUUCCUACAGUGCGAUAGGGCAGACGGUCUCUCCCUCUUUGACCUCACAUCUGGUGCUUCCCCUGCCCCUGCUGCCGAUGCCGACGCCACUGUUCCCUCAAAGUGGGCCACUCGCGAUGCUGCUGCACGUCUUGCUGUGCGUCGCCACCUCCCUACCAGUGAGCGCGCGCACUUUAGUCAGUACAAGAGUGCUCAGACCUUGUACGACGCUGUAGUUGCGCGCUACUCUUCCCCUGCCACAGCUGCACUGAGCCGCCUCAUGCUACCGUACCUCUUCCCUGACCUUGCUGCCUUCCCCACAGUUGCUGACCUCAUUACGCACCUCCGCACUAGUGACACUCGCUACCGCGCUGCGCUUCCUGCUGAGUUCUGCGCCAUGAAACCCCCCCCCAUGUACAUCACUCUCUACUACAUAGUCACCCGCCUCCCUGACUCCCUUCGUGUAGUCAGAGACCACUUCCUCUCGGUCUGUCCCACCACUCUCACUGUUGACCUCCUCGAGAAGGCCCUCUUAGCAGCGGAGAAGAGCAUAGUCGCUGUAGGAGCCUCUCGUGGUGACCCUCGCACCCCCAUCUUUGAGGGUCGGUCGGUGCGGCGUCUACCCCUAGCGGGAGACGCCACCCUGGCAAGGGCAAGGGGGGCAGGGGCGCUGGAGGAGCUAGCGGGGGCAGUGGAGGCGGCGAUGGAGGCGGCGGAGGGAGUGGGGGUGGCGGUGGGAGUGGUGGCGGGGGUGGAGGUGUCGGUGGCGGCAGUGGAGGCGGAGGCGGCGGAGGCGGUAGCGGUGGGAGCGGAGGCGGCGGUGGUGGCGGAGGUGGAGGAGGCGGUGGUGGAGGAGGUGGAGCUGGUCGGGGUGGCGCUACGCAGCGGGGCGGCUCCGGUGGUGGUCAGCGCCAGCAGUAGUAGCAGCAGCAGCAGCGUUCUCGGGACAUCCCCCCCCCUCAGCAGCUCCGUGAGUGCUAUCUUUGAUCUUGACUUUGAUGCUAUUCUUGCUGCCAUGUAUGCUGUGACUAUUAGUGAUGAGGGUGACUGUUACCGGUGUUUCCCGCCCGACCCGGGCAUUGAGACUGCUGCUCUAGGUACUGGUGAGGCUACUGCUCUAGGUGCCAGUGCGUCUGCGUCCUCAGGUGCUGGUGAGUCUGUGCUCGUAGGUACCGUGUCGGCUUCGGCCUCCCUCACCUUCACACUUGACUCAGGGGCUUCUUGCUCCUUCUUUCGAGACCGCACCACACUUACGCCGCUUGGUCGGCCGGUUGCAGUCUCCCUGGCAGACCCCUCUUGGGGUCCUGUCCUUUCUCACUUCUCCACUGUCCUCCCGUGUCCGGCGGCCCCCUCUGGCACCUUGUCUAGUCUUUACCUCCCCUCGUUCUCUACAAACUUGGUGAGUGGUGCUGACCUACAGGAUGCGGGGGUUCACCAGUUUACUCCUGCGAGUCAGCGGGUGACCCACUGCUCAGACGCUCGCACGGGCCGGCACCUGGCCACGUUUACGCGUCGGCCGGGGUCGAGCCUGUACACCCUGACCACUGAGUCUCCUCCUGUCCUUGCGUCUGGUCAGGUGUUUGCUGCAGCGUCCAGGUCUGGUCCUGAGUUUGCCCCGUGCUCGUGUCGCCUCUUGUCUCAUGAGACUCUCCUCUGGCACCACAGCCUUGGUCACCCCUCCCUGCCUCGUCUCCGAGGCAUGGCCUGCCGUGUCCUUGUCUCUGGUCUUCCCCGGUCCCUCCCUCCCCUUCCUCCAGGGCCUGGCCCUACCUGCGUCCCCUGCGUCGAGGGGCGGCUGCGGGCUGCCCCUCACUCCUCUCAGUUUCCCCUGACAGAGGCCCCGCUGCAGACGCUUCACAUGGACGUGUGGGGCCCGGCCCGGGUCCGUGGACAGGGUCACGAGCGCUACUUCCUGCUGGUGGUUGACGACUACUCGCGUUACACCACAGUCUUCCCCUUGCGCAGCAAGGGCGGAGGGUUCUCCUCUAGCCAUCUGCGAGCCUACUGUCGUGCGCGAGGCAUCCGCCAGACCUUUACGCUUCCAGACUCUCCACAGCAAAAUGGGAUUGCUGAGCGCCGCAUUGGCAUCGUCAUGGACGACGCCCGUACGUCCAUGAUGCAUGCGGCUGCCCCCCAUUUUCUGUGGCCGUUUGCGGUUCGGUACGCGGCGCAUCAGAUCAACCUUCACCCCAGGGUCUCCAUGCCAAAGACCUUCGCAGCUUUGCUGUGGACGGGGAAGGUAGGCGAUGCGUCUGCGUUCCGUAUCUGGGGAUCUCGGGCGUUUGUCCGCGACUCGUCUGCGGACAAGCUGUCCCCUCGUGCUGCUCCUUGCGUCUUCCUUGGCUCCCCCCCUGACGCGCCAGGGUGGCAGUUCUACCACCCCACCUCUCGUCGUGUUCUGUCCUCCCAGGACGUCACGUUUGACGAGUCGGUCCCCUACUACGGCCUCUUCCCCUACUGCACUUCUUCCCUCCCCCCGACACCGCUCUUCCUUGUGCCAGGUCCCCCCAUGGUAGACCCCCUCCCCCCUCAGGGUCCUGCCCCUUCAGGUGUGUCCCAGAUAGACGCAGUCGAGCCUGUCAAGCCUACUGGUGACUCUAGUGCUGCUGCGGGUGCUGAGCCUGGGGGUGCUGACUCUGGGGGUACUGAGCGUGUGGGUGCUACGCCUGGGGGUGCUGGAAACUCGGGUGGUACUACUGGGGGUGCUGAGACUGGGGCCUGGUGGUGCUGA